CGCUAGCCGUAAUCCAUGCAAUGGAAUUGGUGCCGCAUCUAGAGUCCGUUGUGCAUUUCUUUCUGCUGUUCAGCAGUAUACACUUGGCUGUAUCGUACCUGAUAGCUCCAUUGCUUAUCAAGAAGCGGAUCCUUGACAGUCUGUCGUUGGACGACCGUAUAUCUGUUUCUGAAAAGGUAUGCUCUAGCGUGAAUAGCAUCAUCACAGGCUGGGUAGGAUUUUGGGUACUUUUUCUUAAACCACAGUUUGUUGGUAAACAACUGUUCCAUAGCUAUCCGCCAAUUCUGGACACUGCCUUUUCGAUGUAUCUUGGAUAUACGCUGUAUGAUCUGAUCACCAUGUCAUUUCAAAAGCAUCAUUGGACAAUGUGGCUGCAUCAUGCCAUGGGAGCUUUGGGCACAAUUGUCAUGCUCGUCUACAAAACUGGCGCAAUUUAUCCAUGUUAUCUCAUGAUUACAGAAUUUACAGCCAUCAUCAAUAAUGCACUGUGGUACGUCAAGAAAAUUCGAGAUGCAGAUGUUGCUGAAAAUGAGCGAUUGAAGACUGCUACCAUGCAAGAGCGUUCUCAAUAUCUUCGUCCGCCACCUUCCUUGUUGUAUGUGCGUCUUAUGCAUAUUAGAGCGUGGGCUUUUGUAUUUCUGAGAAUUUGGGUCGGGCCCUAUGCAUUUUGGAUAUCAUCAGCUGGGGUGGGCGGCUGGCGGCCACUAUUGAAAGAAUGGAUAGCCCUGCCAUUACCAGCUUCCGUCUUUGGCCUACUCACGUUUGUAAUGUUCACGUUUUUAAAUUUUGUUUGGACGCCUGCAGUAUUCGCAAAAGCUUUCCAGGCAUCAAAAGCUUACAGAGAUGGUCAAGCCAAGAAACAAAAAUAAAUGACCAAAUCUUUAAAACAUAACACAAUCAACUUUUUACUAGAUCGUUAAUGGAAGCUGUUUGAAACCAUGUUCAGAAAAUGUCUAGUUUGAAAAUUUGAACUUUCACAUGCUACUUUGUGUAAACCGUCAAACUUUUAAUGACUCGGUUCUAUGUGUGGUUUGUAUCAAUCGCUUCCAAGAUAUUAGCAGCAAGAAGGUUUGAAUUAGUACACUACAAGUAAAGGCUGAAUGAAUACCUCGAGG